AUGGCGUCGCUCUCUCUCCGGUCUCGGCUAUGGCGCACGCCAUGCAUGCGCUUCCAUGCACACGCCUUGCACUCAAGCUCAGGUCCUCUGCAUCCAUGUGCAGCGUGGCGUUCCCAGACGUCUUCAUCUGACUCGACGGUGCCGCAAUUAAUCGUGCGAAAUGCCGCAAAAACAUCCGGAUAUUUGGAUAUUUUGUUGCCAUUGCCAGGUGUAAAAGGCCUUACACGGUUAGGGUUACAAGACUCUACUGCCAGUGUCAAGGAUUUAAUUCAAGUGCUGAGACAGACUGAUGCGUCACUGAAGACUGUAGAGGUGGCUACACUCGACAGCAUUAAGUUCGCACGGACUGUGCGACUAGGGGAACUUACGUCGAUGGAUUUUUGUCUUCGACUAAAUCAUGUGAAUGUCUUAGUAGAGAGUGACGCUGCGAUGAUCAAUGAUCGGAGAGAGAGGGUGGAAACCGUUGCUUUUGCAACUGUCAAGGCGGAAAUUGAGAAAGAUCCACGACUUACUAUGCCGCUGCAAGAAUUUUACCGAAUGUGUCACAAUGCGGGCGCAGAAGAGGCAGUAGCAACCAAAUGGUUACGAGAAUUGCAACGUCGAAAUGUAGUGGUGCAUUUUGACCAGUCGAAAAAUGUGCAAUUGGAAAAUGCCGUGAUUUUACGACCCUAUAGUUUGGAAAGUGUAUUGACAUUACAGAAUGCAUUAGACUCGGAGCUGUAUAAUAUCAAGCAUGACCGCCGUGUAAAAGAGAGUCAACUUGCUGCAUUGAAAAGCUCCAUGAAGAAAUUGCAACAAGUGGCACAUGACGUGCACGUGGCGGCGCACCGCAUGCCAAAUGUACAAAAGUGGAUGGGGCUCAGUGGCCUCACUGGUUUAUAUAGUGUACUACUGUACUACGUCUGGAAUGUCUACUCGUGGGACGUUAUGGAGCCAAUAACGUACUUUAUUGGCUUUACGGCAGUAUUGGGUAACUCGUUUUACUCUAGUAUUACGAAAAAGGAUCCGACAUACAGCAACAUAUGGCAGAAACGAUAUGCCAAACGGGUGGAAGUGCUGAGUAAAAAGCGAAAAUACAACCCCACGGAGCUCGUAGAGCUGAAAGCCCGCAUUGUCGACCUUGAGAAUGACAUUAUGCUACUUUCGCAAUGGGAAAAAGUCAAUGUGGUUAAGCCGAACCAGCAUUGA